GCCAAGAAGAUUACCGGCGCGAGGAAGGUGAGCGAGAGAAGGCAGGAGAGGAAAAAGAAGACGCUACUUCUGACUAGUAGAAGUAGGGGACUUUGCGUCUGACACAUUAGGGAAAAAAAUACCGCACUGGCUGCUGAAUCAUAGACUAACAUGUCAGCAUAUGAAUGAAACCAGAACUAUGAAAGCGCGUGGACAUUUGAGCUUUACCUUUCAUAGAGAGACAAAUAGGUGACUGAUCGUAUAGGAUUACAAUAGUCGCACCCAGACUAUUAUAGUUAUUAGGCAGAAAAAGGGGACCGUCCGAAAGUCAUGGAGUAUAGAGUAGAAAUAAAAAAUUAGCUAGCGUCAAAAGAUUAAAGAAGACGGCCAAAAAGAAAUUGCUUGGAGCAGCUGGAACCUGUUAAAGAAUGGAUUUUAGCUCUAUUCGCAAGUUCAUCACCAGAUGGUGUGCUGGAGAGGAGAACUGGGUGGACACCAGGACGGUGUACAUCGGAAACAAGGAACCCCCACCGGGAGCAGAGGCCUACAUUCCCCAGAGGUACCCCGACAACCGCAUCAUCUCCUCCAAGUACACCUUCUGGAAUUUUGUUCCGAAGAAUUUGUUUGAGCAGUUUAGAAGAAUUGCCAAUUUCUACUUCCUCAUCAUAUUUCUUGUCCAGUUGAUAAUUGACACUCCCACCAGUCCCAUCACCAGCGGACUACCUCUCUUCUUUGUCAUCACUGUCACGGCCAUCAAACAGGGCUAUGAGGACUGGCUCAGGCACAAAGCAGACAAUGCUAUUAACCAGUGUCCUGUGCACGAGGUGCAGCAUGGGAAGGUGAUCAGGAAACAGAGUCGUAAGCUGAGGGUGGGUGAUGUGGUACUGAUCAAGGAAGAUGAGACGUUCCCCUGUGACCUCAUCCUUCUCUCCACCAGUAGGGAGGACGGGACAUGUUUUGUCACCACAGCCAGUCUGGACGGGGAGUCCAGUCACAAGACCUACUAUGCUGUGCAGGACACUAAGGCCUUCAUCACAGAGGAAGAUUUUGAUACUCUACAGGCUUCUAUUGAAUGUGAACAACCACAACCAGACCUCUACAAAUUCGUGGGCCGAAUCAAUAUUUAUUCGGACAGAAACGAGCCCAUCGCGAGGCCUUUGGGAUCUGAGAACCUACUUCUCAGAGGGGCGACACUGAAAAACACACAGCACAUAUAUGCUGUUGCCAUCUACACUGGUAUGGAGACCAAGAUGGCGCUCAACUACCAGUCCAAGUCCCAGAAACGCUCUGCAGUGGAGAAGUCAAUGAAUGCGUAUCUGAUAGUGUACCUGUGCAUCCUGAUCAGCAAGGCUCUGAUCAACACAGUGCUGAAGUAUGUGUGGCAGGCUGACCCGGACAAAGACGAGCCCUUCUACAACCAGAAGACUGACACAGAGAGGCAACGCCAUAUAUUGAUCCGGGCGUUCACAGACUUCCUGGCCUUCAUGGUGUUGUUUAAUUACAUCAUCCCCGUGUCCAUGUACGUUACCGUGGAGAUGCAGAAGUUCCUGGGGUCCUACUUCAUCAUGUGGGAUGAUGAGAUGUUUGACGAAGAACUGGGAGAGAGGGCUCAGGUUAACACAUCUGACCUCAAUGAAGAACUGGGACAGGUGGAGUACGUGUUUACAGACAAGACAGGCACCCUGACAGAGAACAACAUGGAGUUUAUAGAGUGCUGUGUGGACGGCUAUGUUUACGUCCCUGAUGCCAUCUGUAAUGGACAGGUCAUGCCAGGGUCAACCAGCAUGGACAUGAUCGACUCCUCACCUGGACCAGGGGGCAAGGAGUCUGAGGAGUUGUUCUUCCGGGCGUUGUGUCUGUGCCACACGGUACAGGUGAAGGAGGAGGAGACAGUGGAUGGCAUCAAGAUGGGUAUCCACCAGAACAAGGCCACCUCCUUCUACAUAUCAUCCUCUCCUGACGAGGUGGCACUGGUGGAGGGCAUGAAGAGGCUUGGCUUCACCUAUCUGCGGCUGAAGGACAGUCACAUGGAGAUUCUUAAUAGGGAGGAUGAGGUCGAGAGGUUUGAGCUGCUGGAGGUAUUGACCUUUGACUCUGUGAGAAGGAGAAUGAGUGUUAUCGUCAGGUCCACCACAGGGGAGUACUACCUGUUCUGUAAAGGGGCCGACUCCUCCAUCUUCCCCAGGGUGAUCUCUGGCAAGGUGGAGCAGGUCAAAGCCAGAGUGGAGCACAACGCUGUGGAGGGCCUACGGACACUGUGCGUGGCGUACAGGAAGUUGAGCGUGGCUCAGUACGAGGAGACGUGUCACCUGCUGAACAGCGCCAAGCUGGCCCUGCAGGACCGAGACAGGAAGCUGGCCGAGGCCUAUGACCUCAUUGAGAAGGACUUCGUACUGCUGGGGGCCACCGCCGUGGAGGACAGGCUCCAGGACAAGGCAGCAGACACCAUCGAGUCUCUCCAGAAGGCUGGGAUGAAGGUGUGGGUGCUGACCGGAGACAAGAUGGAGACGGCGGCGGCUACUUGUUACGCUAGCAAGCUGUUCCGCCGCUCCACACAGAUACUGGAGUUGACCACCAAACGCACCGAGGAACAGAGUCUACAUGACGUUCUGUUUGACCUGAGUAAAACUGUACUCAGACAGCAUGGCAGCAUGACCAGAGACACCUUCUCAGGUCUGUCUGCUGACUGUGUGGACUACGGUCUGAUCAUCGACGGGGCCACCCUGUCUGCGGUGCUGAAGCCCAGUCAGGAGGACUCCAGUCAGGGGAACUACAAGGAGAUCUUCCUGGAGAUCUGUAGGAGCUGCAGCGCUGUGCUCUGCUGCCGCAUGGCUCCCCUCCAGAAAGCACAGAUUGUGAAGCUGAUCAAAUCGUCUCCAGAACACCCCAUCACGCUAGCCAUUGGAGACGGGGCUAAUGAUGUUAGCAUGAUCCUGGAGGCUCACGUGGGCAUCGGCAUCAUGGGUAAAGAGGGUCGCCAGGCAGCGCGGAACAGCGACUACGCCAUCCCGAAGUUCAAACACCUGAAGAAGAUGCUGCUGGUUCACGGACACUACUACUACAUCCGCAUCUCAGAGCUUGUCCAGUACUUCUUCUACAAAAAUGUCGCCUUCAUCUUCCCUCAGUUCCUCUACCAAUUCUUCUGUGGCUUCUCCCAACAGCCGCUGUAUGACACAGCCUAUCUGACACUGUACAAUAUCAGCUUUACCUCUCUACCCAUCCUGCUCUUCAGCCUCAUCGAGCAGCACAUCAACAUGGACAUCCUCAAGAAAGACCCCUCCCUCUACAGGGACAUAGCUAAGAACUCUCUCCUGCGUUGGCCCAUUUUCAUCUACUGGACCUUCCUGGGGGUGUUCGACGCCACCGUCUUCUUCUUUGGUUCUUACUUCCUGUUCAACAACAGCACCUUCACCAGCAACGGACAGCUAAUGACAACCAACACACAGAUGAUGUUUGGUAACUGGACGUUUGGGACUCUGGUCUUCACUGUGCUGGUGUUCACAGUCACCUUAAAGCUCGCCAUGGACACACACUACUGGACGUGGAUCAACCACUUUGUCAUCUGGGGCUCGCUGCUUUUCUUCGUCAUCUUCUCUCUGCUAUGGGGAGGCAUAAUUUGGCCCUUCCUGAACUACCAGAGGAUGUACUAUGUGUUCAUUCAGAUGUUGUCCAGCGGUCCGGCCUGGCUCAGCAUCAUCCUGCUCAUCGUCACCAGUUUGCUGCCUGACGUGGUCAAGAAGGUCGUCUGCAGGGCCCUGUGGCCCACCACCACAGAACGCAUCCAGAAUGCAGACAAGCUGUAUAACGGCCAGCUAUCGGAGUUCACCCCGCUGGCAUCUCUCCACGCGCCCACGCGCAGGAGGGCCGACCACCAGAACCCCAUUCCCAGAAGGUCUGAACCCUUCACCAAAAAACUCAUGUUCACCCACUGGAGGAGCGGGCCCGACUACUGCACUUUCACCCCACUCCUCCGAUUCGCCGGCGACUCCCGUCACUCUGGGGCUGGCUACGCCCACAAUGGGGCAGGGCCUGAGACCUCGGUGUAGUCUAGAGUGGAGUUUAGUCUGAUUUAGACUGGAAGUCUAGACCAAGAUUUCAGUGUUGAGUGGUCACUGGAACAAUCUGUCCUCUAGACAAUAGAAACCUAAUCUAGACGUGUACAGUUACCAAUGUCAUUGUGAAAAAGCAAACAAACACCAAAUACACACAGAAGGACGAUCCACAUGAUCCACAGUCCUAUGGCUGUGUUGUGUUAGCACAAGGAGCUGAGUGAACUGAACAGACUUGGCUCCAGGCAAGCAGUGCCUGUGGAUUGGUGGAAAGGGCCUUGGCUCCACCCAUUAAUGUCUACUGUGGGUACGACCCCUCAGACCCACCCUGCAGUGUGUGGGUGUGUGUGGGUGUGUGCCACUCCCCCGUAUCUCUCUGUCAACUGUCUGUCAGUGAUGAUGUCAUUUGAAGUGUCAUAAAGCAGGGAUGCCCAGUAUGAAUGGAAGAUGUUCAGAAGUAUUGCAUGUGCUUUAACUGACCACACUUUCCUGUUUUUCUUUUGUCUUUUCCUCUCUCUUUCUGUCCUGCUUUCUUUAGAACAAACUGGUGUUGCCUCUGUGCAUAUCUCUUAUCCAGGAACACGCCAUAAGACACUAGUCUUUUCCAGUUCAGUUGUAAGUGGCUAGGCCGUGAUAGUGGUUUAUCUCUACUGGACUAGAGACAGUUCUGUGUGUGUGUAGUAUCCCGUGUCAUAGACUGUCCUUGUAUCUACUGUGGAGUGAUGUGAUUAUACCUCCAUUCCCCCUUGUAACCGUCCCAUUUCCUGACAUGGAAGCUGAGGCAUCCUGCCUCACGUAGUGCUAAGGACCCACAGUGGGAAACCAGUAUGCAUGGGAAUCCUUUUCCGCCUUAACAUCUACACAGUGUUUCCUUUGAAAUACACAGUAGUCUGGAACCAAAGGCUCAGACAAUACUUUUUCAAUGGCUUGCCUUGCUGGCUAUUGCCUUACACUGAGACUGGGUGGGACAGAGGAAGAGAAAUUCUGCCUUACACCACACCAGGAUUGGUGGACAGUAUUAGAUAGGAGAGAGAACCUACUUUGUUUCUGGGCUUUAACGUUGUCCAUGUAGAUAUCUAACAUCUCUCACACUCAGAUCUGAAGCCUUUAAGAGCAGUGGAUCUCUGUUACAGAAAUACAACAUGUAGAAUGUAGACAUUAUGCCUCGCUGCUGUCCCUUGGCAUAAAUAAUAUAGAACAUACCCAUAGAAGUCUCACACGAUGCGUGAGAGCCUCAUGAAGGUGUUAUAAGAGUGUUAUAAUUCUCUCAACAGUCUGUCAGGGGUCUUAAGAUCUCAUCUGUCACUGUGUGCUCUCUCCCUCCCUCAGAUCUUCUCUGUUGAAUUUCUUCAUGUGUUUUUGUUUUACCUCUACUGUUUCUCCUCUUGUUCCUUUUGAAGUGAUGCUCGUGUGGAUCUGUCCUCUCGAGCCUCACUACAUCUCCUCCUCCUCACUGCCGCCUCCUCUCAUCCUCCAUUCCUCCUCUCAUCCAUUCACUCCUUCAUCCGGUCAUGCAUCCCUCCAUCCGUCUCCUAAGAACACAGUCUGUGUGGUGGGUGUGAGGAGAGAGAGAACGAGAAAGGGAGAUGGAGGGGGGACUGUACCAAAACCAAGGUUUUUCUAUACACAUUUAGCUGCUUGACAGUAGAUGUCUUGUGGUGCAUUGUGGGAUCAGUUCAAACCAAGAGGAACAAAAGUAUAUGGAUGUCCCAUAUAUAGAUAAGGAUGUGUGUGUGUGUGUGUGUGUGUGUGUGUGUGCGUGCGUGCGUGCGUCUGUUUCAUUGAAAGCAGCAAUGAUAUUUAAGAUGGCCGUCUGUUUUUAGGUGGUAUUAUGAAUCUUCACUGAAAUGUAAAGACACUGAACAUUACACCACAGUCAGAACUAUAACACUGAACAUUACACCACAGUCAGAACUAUAACACUGGACAUUACACCACAGUCAGAACUAUAACACUGGACAUUACACCACAGUCAGAACUAUAACACUGGACAUUACACCACAGUCAGAACUAUACCACUGGACAUUACACCACAGUCAGAACUAUAACACUGGACAUUACACCACAGUCAGAACUAUAACACUGGACAUUACACCACAGUCAGAACUAUAACACUGGACAUUACACCACAGUCAGAACUAUAACACUGGACAUUACACCACAGUCAGAACUAUAACACUGGACAUUACACCACAGUCAGAACUAUAACACUGGACAUUACACCACAGUCAGAACUAUAACACUGGACAUUACACCACAGUCAGAACUAUAACACUGGACAUUACACCACAGUCAGAACUAUACCACUGGACAUUACACCACAGUCAGAACUAUAAUACUGGACAUUACAUCACAGUCAGAACUAUAAUACUGGACAUUACACCACAGUCAGAACUAUAACACUGGACAUUACACCAAAGUCAGAACUAUAACA